AUGCCCCCAUCUCCACCAAGAUGGGCGUCGGUCGCCUCGUGGUUUUUGCGGUCAGACGCGUGCACCACCGCCGCCACCACCACCACCGGCGCCUUCCCGGCCCCCACUACCACCACCGCCACCGCCACCACCGCCAGCAACACCAGCCUCGGACCAGUCGCGCCCAGCGUUUGCACGGCCAUCCGCUGCACGGUCGCUAACUGCUCGUGCGAGUGCUUCACGCCCGGCAAGAUGAAUAUCCGUUACUGCGACACCUGUGGACACAGCUGGGUGCCCCACGCCCUGGACAAGCUGGGAGGCAGGCAGCAGGCGCCGGCGCUGCCCGUGGAGCCGGUGCAGGCGAACGCCGCCUUCGACAUCGCGAGCCUCGUGCUGUACGGCUGCCAGGCGCUGCCCAUCAGGCUCAAGAUCCUGCUGGACAGGCUCUUCUCCGUGCUGCGCCGCGACGAGGUGCUCCACGUGCUCGCCGGCUUCGGCUGGACGCACGAGGACUACGCCAGGGGAUACAUCCUGCAGGAGACGCACGGCGCGACGCUGGAGCGCUGGCACAUCUGCAGCGCCGAGGAGGAGCCGCUGGUGCUGCGCCAGUUCCUGCGCUUCGGCGAGACGCGCGCCAUCGCGCUGCAGCUCCCGCAACUGCAUCCGCCCCCGCCCGUGGUCUCCAGCAGCAGCUCGAACGGACCACUGCCGAGGUCGCCGCCGGGGGCCAGCUCCGUGAGCGUCUCACCACUCAAUAGACUGCAGAGCAUGCAGCCGUUCGACUUCCGGAAGCUGGCGAGUCCUCCGGAGGCGGCGAGCGGCCGCCGCCGCCUGUCAGACGCGGUCAGCCCCCCGGUGCCGGCGUCGAUGUCUCCGUCAGCGCCGCCCCCCGGCCUGGUGGGUCUGGGCGCGCUGGCGCUGCACCCCGCGGCCUGCGGCGGCCUGCCGACGCUGCCACCGCUGCCGCCCCCUCCGCCUCCACCUCUGCCUCCACCGCCCCCACCGGCGGAAACCAAGUCCCCGGCGGCGGCGGACGUGUUGAGCAGCGGGGGCGGCAGCAGCGAGUUCGGCUCGGGCACCGACGACGAGGAGGAUAGCGCGCACAGCGCCCUCAACCUCAGCCGCGACGGGCUCUACCGGCGGCCCGGCCCGCACCCGCUGGCGCCGCCCCCACCGCCCCCGCCUUCACUGCCUCCGGGGCUGCCUCACGGCCUGCCGCCCCUGACGCAGUUGCCCCCGGGGGCGACGCCCAGGAGGGGCGUGCCGGGCCGGCGACACUGGGGUGGUGACCCCCACCUGCCCAUCAACCUGGGCACGCAGCUCAUCAACCCCGCCACCGGCAAGAAGCGCGUCCAGUGCAACGUCUGCCUCAAGACCUUCUGCGACAAGGGCGCGCUCAAGAUCCACUUCUCAGCCGUCCACCUUCGCGAGAUGCACAAGUGCACGGUUGACGGCUGCAACAUGAUGUUCAGCUCGCGCAGGUCGCGCAACCGGCACAGCGCCAACCCCAACCCAAAGCUGCACUCGCCGCACCUGCGCCGCAAGAUCUCGCCGCACGACGGCCGCUCGGCGCACGCGCACGCGCACGGCCACGGCCUGCUCGUGCAUCCGCCGCCCCCGCCGCCCCCGCACGCGCCACCCGGCGCGCUGCCGCUGGGGCCUGUCUUCUCCCCGUUCCCGAUGCUCGGGCCCGCCGCGCACCUGCCCAAGCACAGCCUCGACCUCACCGUGCACAGGUUCGAAGAAAGCAGACGCCACGACUUCGGCAGCAGCACGCUGGGAUCGCCUCCUGAAGACACGGGUUUGCGACUCAACGACCACCUGCCGUUGCCAGACGACCUCUCAGACGACGGCUACGACGAUGACGACGACGGAAUCGUCGUCGACGGAGGACCAGACGACGACGACGACACGGACGAGAGGGAGAGUACGGACGUAGAGCCGCAGAACUUGACGCAGGGCCACGAGGACUCCCAGCCAGAGCCGGACGGUCUCAGCGGGGACGAGCAGCUGCAGGCGACGGAAGCCAAGCGUCCCAGGCUCAGCGGCGACGUGGGAGCGGACGCCGAGGACGAACCUUCUACCAGCAACCAGGGCGAGGCGAGCAACGACGACUCGCUGAGCGCCGUCGAGGGUCACAACGCGAAGGAAGCCGGUGAGGGCGCGGCCGGGGCGUCAAAGAACCCGAGGACGCGGAAGAACCGCAACCCGACGCGAUUCGCGCUGCCCGCACAAACGGACAGCAACCAAGUGUCCUGCGACGAGGACUCGUCUGCGGACUCCCCAUUCGCGUCAGCGCCACCUGCCAGUGAUAACGUCGCUGCCGACGAGGAACCGGUGAGGGCGUCGGGGGAAACGCAUACUACAAAUGGAGCAGGUCCUUCUCUAGAAGCUACUGCCCAUACUGAAAGUGACGGAGUUGUUGGGAUAUUACCUGAUGACAGAAGCUCGGAGAAUGGUCCUGUAGACUGCACGAAGCAAAGCAGUACGGUAGACGCUGGUGAAGUACGCGGUAAUGGAGAGGUAGAUGGAGGGAAUGCGGAAGAAACUGGUAACCGUGAACUUCUCUGCCAUGCCGAGAAAGAGCAAAGCACUCUCCAGGACGGUGAAAGAAACGCGGGGGAGGAACAGGCUACUAGGAAAGAUGAUGACGAUAAGGGUGGGCCAGUUGGGUGUAUAAAGGCGGAACGGGGAGAAGGAAGGGAAGAUCAAGAGGAAGAGGACUGCCACAGCAGUGAAGGGUCGAUGUCGUCGUCUACUGCACUGCAGCGUCUCGAAUCCCUUUCGCAGGGCCCGUUUUGUGGGCCGGAGCUCAACUUCUCCGGGUGCCCUUCGAGCCCAGCGAGAUCUCAAGGCUCUUCCUCCAACGAUUCGCCGGGAGAGGACGCUCACUACUUUUACCCGGAGACUGGCAGUUUCAUAGGCCCCAUGGACGUCCCCAUAGACAAAGACAACCCCCGCCGCUGCACCGCCUGCGGGAAGAUCUUCCAGAACCACUUCGGGGUGAAGACGCACUUCCAGAACGUGCACCUGAAGCUAAUGCACAAGUGCACAGUGGAAGGGUGCAACGCCGCGUUCCCGUCGAAGCGCAGCAGAGACAGGCACAGUGCCAAUCUCAACCUGCACCGCAAGCUGCUGUCGACGUCGGCGGACAGCCCCGGCGGAUCGUCGCCAUCGGCAUCUGCGGCGGCGGCUGCGGCGGCGGCGUCCUUCUUCAUGGACAAGUCCUCCCCGCUCGCGGCGUCGCUCGUGGCCAACCCGUCUCUGCACGGCGAGUUCCUGGCGCGCCUGUACGCCGAGUCGCACGCGCUGCCGCUCAACCUGGAGGCGGCGUUCAAGGGACUGCCGCCGCUGGGCCACGGGGGCGGCCUGCCCCCGCAGCAGCUGGUCGAGCAUAUGCUGCUCAACGGCGAUCGCCUCGGGCCACCCCCGCAGCAGCAACAGCAGCAGCAGCAGCAGCAGCAGCAGCCGCCGCUGAUGUUGCCGCCACUAGGCUUCCCGGGCUUCUCUGGACACCUGCUGGCUGCGGCCGCCGGCGUCAACGGAGACGCCGGCGACGCCGGCGCCGCAUCCGCGUCGAUGUCCGCGUCUCCGUCGGCCGGCGGCUGGAGCCUGGAGGACGACCCGCCGGCAGCGGACUGCGACGGCCGCUUCCCGUGCGCCUUCUGCGGGCAGCCCCUGGCGGACGUGUCGGCGCUCAAGGACCACUACGAGUGCCGGCACGCCAUGGAGCUGGCGCGCUGCGCCACCUGCGGCAAGCUCUUCACCUCCGGCGAACGCCUCCGGCAGCACGCGGACGCCGCCCACGGCGCCGCCGGGCCUGCGGGGGCGGCGGCGCGGCUGGCGGCCUGCUCGUGA